UCGCUUCUUGUUGGUAUGUGUAGCGGCAGUGGCCGCCGGCGGAGCAGUCUGAGCCCAACGAUGAGGCCGGGGACGGGAGCAGAGCGUGGAGGCCUCAUGGUGAGUGAAAUGGAGAACCAACCUCCCUCGCGGGGUCCCGGGGACGGGGAGCGGAGAUUGUCCGGCUCAACCCUCUGCUCCAGCUCAUGGGUCUCUGCUGACGGCUUCCUGAGGAGACGGCCCUCGAUGGGGCACCCUGGCAUGCAUUAUACACCAAUGGGAAUGCACCCAAUGGGUCAGAGAGCAAAUAUGCCUCCUGUACCUCAUGGAAUGAUGCCACAAAUGAUGCCCCCUAUGGGAGGACCACCAAUGGGACAAAUGCCUGGAAUGAUGUCUUCAGUAAUGCCUGGAAUGAUGAUGUCUCAUAUGUCUCAGGCUUCCAUGCAACCUGCUUUACCGCCAGGAGUAAACAGUAUGGAUGUAGCAGCAGGUGCAGCAUCUGGUGCAAAAUCAAUGUGGACUGAACAUAAAUCACCUGAUGGAAGGACUUACUACUAUAAUACGGAAACAAAACAGUCCACCUGGGAGAAACCAGAUGAUCUUAAAACACCUGCUGAGCAACUGUUAUCAAAAUGCCCUUGGAAGGAAUAUAAAUCAGAUUCUGGAAAGCCUUACUAUUACAAUUCUCAAACAAAAGAAUCCCGCUGGGCCAAACCUAAAGAACUUGAGGAUCUUGAAGGAUACCAGAAUACCAUUGUUGCUGGAGGUCUUAUUACAAAAUCAAACCUGCAUGCCAUGAUCAAAGCUGAAGAAAGCAGCAAACAAGAAGAUUGCAGCACAUCAACAGCCCCAGUUCCUACAACAGAAAUUCCUACUACUAUGACGACCAUGGCUGCCGCAGAAGCAGCAGCUGCUGUUGUUGCUGCAGCAGCUGCAGCCGCAGCAGCUGCAGCUGCAGCCAAUGCUAGCACUUCCACUUCUACUACUAAUACUGUUGGAACUGUUCCAGUUGUUCCUGAGCCUGAAGUUACUUCCAUUGUUGCUACUGUUGUAGAUAAUGAAAAUACAGUAACUAUAUCCACUGAAGAACAGGCACAGCUUACAAAUGCCACUGCUAUUCAGGAUCUAAGUGUUGAAGUAACUAGCAGUGCAGAAGAAACAUCUAAACAGGAAACUGUAGCUGAUUUUACUCCCAAAAAAGAAGAGGAAGAGAGCCAACCAGCAAAAAAAACAUACACUUGGAAUACAAAGGAAGAAGCAAAACAGGCAUUCAAAGAAUUAUUAAAAGAAAAGCGGGUACCAUCCAAUGCUUCUUGGGAGCAAGCUAUGAAAAUGAUCAUUAAUGAUCCACGAUACAGUGCUUUAGCAAAAUUAAGUGAGAAAAAGCAGGCCUUUAAUGCCUAUAAAGUCCAGACAGAGAAGGAGGAAAAAGAAGAAGCAAGAUCAAAAUAUAAAGAAGCUAAGGAAUCUUUUCAGCGUUUUCUUGAAAAUCAUGAGAAAAUGACUUCUACAACCAGAUAUAAAAAAGCAGAGCAAAUGUUUGGAGAGAUGGAAGUCUGGAAUGCAAUUUCUGAGCGUGAUCGUCUUGAAAUCUAUGAAGAUGUUUUAUUCUUUCUGUCAAAAAAAGAAAAGGAACAAGCAAAGCAGUUGCGAAAGAGAAACUGGGAAGCCUUAAAAAACAUACUUGAUAAUAUGGCUAAUGUAACAUACUCUACUACUUGGUCUGAGGCUCAGCAGUAUCUGAUGGAUAAUCCAACUUUUGCAGAAGACGAGGAGUUACAGAACAUGGACAAAGAAGAUGCAUUAAUUUGCUUUGAAGAACAUAUUCGGGCUUUAGAAAAGGAAGAAGAAGAAGAAAAACAGAAAAGUUUGCUGAGAGAAAGGAGACGGCAGCGUAAAAAUAGGGAAUCUUUUCAGAUAUUUUUAGAUGAACUGCAUGAACAUGGACAACUACAUUCUAUGUCAUCUUGGAUGGAAUUGUAUCCAACCAUUAGUUCUGACAUUAGAUUUACUAAUAUGCUUGGUCAGCCUGUUUUUUCAUUAGGAUCAACUGCACUUGAUCUUUUCAAGUUUUAUGUUGAGGACCUUAAAGCACGUUAUCAUGAUGAGAAAAAGAUAAUAAAAGACAUUCUAAAAGAUAAAGGAUUUGUAGUUGAAGUAAAUACUACGUUUGAAGAUUUUGUGGCAAUUAUCAGUUCAACUAAAAGAUCAACUACCUUAGAUGCUGGAAAUAUCAAGUUGGCUUUCAAUAGUUUACUGGAAAAGGCAGAAGCCCGCGAACGUGAAAGAGAAAAAGAGGAGGCUCGGAAAAUGAAGCGAAAAGAGUCUGCAUUCAAGAGUAUGUUGAAACAAGCUGCUCCUCCCAUAGAGUUGGAUGCUGUCUGGGAAGAUAUUCGAGAGAGAUUUGUAAAAGAGCCGGCAUUUGAGGAUAUAACUCUAGAAUCAGAAAGAAAAAGAAUAUUUAAAGAUUUUAUGCAUGUCCUUGAGCAUGAGUGUCAGCAUCAUCAUUCAAAGAAUAAGAAACAUUCUAAGAAAUCUAAGAAACAUCAUAGAAAACGUUCCCGCUCUCGAUCGGGAUCAGAUUCAGAUGAUGAUGACAGCCAUUCAAAGAAAAAAAGACAGCGAUCAGAGUCUCGUUCUGCUUCAGAACAUUCUUCUAGUGCUGAGUCUGAGAGAAGUUAUAAAAAAUCAAAAAAGCAUAAGAAGAAAAGCAAGAAGAGGAGACAUAAAUCUGAUUCGCCAGAGUCAGAUGCUGAACGAGAAAAGGAUAAAAAAGAAAAAGAUCGGGAAAAUGAAAAAGACAGAACUAGACAGAGAUCAGAAUCAAAACACAAAUCACCUAAGAAAAAGACUGGGAAGGAGUCUGGUAAUUGGGAUACUUCUGGCAGUGAACUAAGUGAAGGAGAAUUAGAAAAGCGAAGAAGAACCCUUUUGGAGCAACUGGACGAUGAUCAAUAAAUUAUACCAAAUAUAUGUUUACAGUAUGAUUUAAAGUCUGAUUCAGACCAGGGACUCUAUUUUAAGUUCAGUUUAAGUAACACUGGGUUUUAAUUGUAUCACAGAAAAAAAAAGUGCAUUUAAGUAUUGUUAUUGUGGACUUUAUAAAAGCAAAGAAAAUUGAAAAUAACUUUUGAUUCUGUAUCAAGAAUCAUAUUUUCCUACAGUCAUAACUGUCUUUCUGUGACCCUUUCAUAGGGCACUGCAGGGUGGAUUAAAGGUGGCAAUUUACUGAUAACUGCAGAUGUCUCUACUUUGUUCUGAAGGCUAAGUCAUGAAGUGAUUUACUUUAUAGAAGUUGGCUUUUAAAGACACAGUGAAAAAAUUUUGAUAAUAUAGUAGUACAAAAAAAGCACCAGCAUCCAAUAAAACUGCUUUUUUGUGCACUACCCAACUGGUUAAAUCUAAUGUGAUGUUUUGUGGUGAGCUGCUGAGAAAUACGUUUUUUUGAUGGAAACUUGGUGUAGACCCUUAGCUAUAGUAGUGCUGUACACACUACUAUAAUAAAGCCACCAUUAUUUUUUAUGAAACAUCAGAAUACAUUUUAAAAAGUCUAUUAUGAGGGCAUUAUUUUGAGCAUCUAUUUUGAGAGGUGAUGUUUUAAAAGUUAACAUCAAAUCAAAUUGUAAAUUAGUUUAAAUCUGUUGCCUUAAGGACCUACUAAAGAAUGUGCCACCAAACUUUUAAGUGAUAGUUGCAAUAUCCUCAGUAUCCUUAUCUAAAAAAAUAAGAAAAAUCAAUGUUGACUUACACAUUUUCUUUAACAGCUUUUUUUUUUUAAUCCAGUUUUUCUUGGUUUUUUUUUUUUUUUUUUUUCAUUGAGAAGGCCUUUUACCUUCCCUACUCACUGAGAAGUAUUUACUUCAUGGUACAGUACAUUCUAAAGCAUUUCUGAUUUGAGUAUUUUUGUACAUUUUUAUCAAUUAUUAAACCUUCUCUUCUAGUGUGUACUAGUAUUUAUUUCUACCUAACACUGCUCAGCUCUAAAUUGUAUCAUUUCAAAGAUACUAAAGCCCUGAAAUUUUGCUUCAUCUUACCCAGAAUAGUUAACUUUCCCUUUUUAAUAUCUAAGAAUAUUAUAAAUCAGUGCAUUUGAGGUCCCUAGUUUUGUUUUUCUCUUAUAAAUUUCCUGGAAUAUUUUAGCAAGGCAGUGGUUUGAAGAUACUCUUUACAUAACUAACUUUUGAAGGUUGGUAAUGUAAUUUAUACUAUUUUCCUUCAGUGCAGGAGUUUUUAAGUAAAGUUUAGCACCUAGCCUUUUUGAUAUUAUCUGAGCUAUUUUCUUUGUUUUAAUUUGAAUACUUUGAGAGAUCCUGUACAAGUUGAGAUUUGGAAGAACAGUUUGUCCCUUACCAUUUUAAUGAUUUUGAAAAUGGGACUGACCAGGACAACUGUUUUCCCAUCCUACCCUUUGUUUUAAUCUCUCGUCGACUAAAGACUCAAAGUGGGGAGGGGGUCCUUUUUCUGCUAUUAAAUAUGCUGGUAGAAAGUGAGAAUUACUACUUUUGAGAAAAUGUGAACACAUUGCUUGAAACUAGCCUGCUCAUAUACACUGUACAUCAGUUCAAAACUCAUAAUACCUUUGGCAACAAUUUGGCUAGAUUUAAGUUUCAGAGGUCCCAGUUUAAAGAUAGUUAAGGGUCUGGGAUUUAGCUCAGUGGCAUAAGUGCCUGCCUUGCAAGCAGGCAGUCGUGAGUUCUAUCCCCGGUACCAUCCCGGUACCGAUGAAAAAGAAAAAGACAGAAAAAAAAAAAGAUAAGAUUGCUAAUCAUGUCAUUGACAUCGAAGUCAGUGGUAAAAUCUUCAAAAUACACAUAUGGUAUUGGGAGAUAAACUAGCGAUGUUUCACAGGAAAUUAGAAUCUGUAAAAUUGUUUCCAUGAAUGAUAAUUUUUUUAAAAUACAACUUUAAAGUUUUUGAUUUUUCUAUUUAAAUAAAAACCUUAUUGAUGUGUUGUAAUAUGUCCUCAAAAUAGAUUUCUGUAUUUCUUACAUCCUUACAUCGUAAGAUCCCUGUAUCCACAGUAUCCCUGUAGUUCUCCCAUGCACGUAAUUUGACCUAAAAGUGAACAAAUGGCAACUCAAAAAGUGGAACAUCAUUGCUAAAGUACAUGACUGAUGCUUUGUGUUUGAUCCCAUCAGACGGAUUUUAGGGACCAGAAAGAUCUGAAUACAGAUCAUGAUAAGAUUUUAUAUUCAAUCACUGUUUUUAACCUAAUUAUGUUAAGUGUUCAGAUAGAUAAAAGCUGAAGUAUCAAAUUUAAGCAGGAAAACAGUUUAUUCUCAAUGAGAAUAAUUUGUAGUUCUCAGUUAAGACUGACAGUCUUAAGAAAAUGUUGAGUUUAUCUUCCCUUCAUAUCACUAAUAUAUUUAAUACCAUGGUCAAAAUCACAGCAUCAGGUAUUUUGCAUUCUUACUGUCUCCCAGUCCCUAGUUUCCAUGUUAGGAAAACAAUGUCCCUGAGAGGUCAGAUAAUUAUAGUCAAUCAAGUAUGGAUUAUUUGCAGUUUUCCUGAAUGAAUUUAAAUGAUGUAAUUUCUCAAAAACAAUGAUCCCAUCACACUUUAUUUCAAUUUUAAAUAAUUUUAUUCUUCCCAGUAAAUUUUGUAAUGAUUGUUUCAUCUUUUAACUGUUUAAGUACAUCUGACUUUAUACCCCUAUAAAAUAAAAAAGGCAAUCAAUUCAUACUUGUAGGAUGGAGAAACUACAAACUAUAUUAUCUUCUGUUUUCCUGGAAAAUACUCAUAGUUUAAAACUAUGUAAGUCUUAAGUUUUCAUUCAUCUGUACAAAUUUCAAUUAAGGAUUUGUGUAAAUGCUUUUGGUUUUUCCAGUACUAACAGUUAAGUGCUAGCUAGGCAGCCAUAUUUAUUUGCUUUUGCGUCCAGAAAAUAUAUGAAAAAGUUUUAAGCAAGGCAUGGUGGCACUUGCCUAUAAUCUCAGUUUGAGAGGCUGAAGGAGAAUUGCAAGUUAAAGCCCAACCUGAAUACCAUACAUAGCUAGACCUGACCAAAAAAAAAGAGGUGUAAGGAAAAAAGACCCUUUAAAUAGUACUUUAGUACUUAAGAAACAGUGAUUAAUGACUUUUAAAUUUAUAGUGUAUUUAAUACUUGAGUAUAUAAUUUAAAUGUAAAUUUAGAACCUAAAGAACAUUUUUUAAAACUUUCUUUUAGAAAUGAAAAUAAAAUACAUUAAUGAUUCCCUAGAUCUGAAACUUUGUCCUUUGGGGACGUAUCUCAGUACCAGAUUUUAAUUGAACCAUAGUUCAUUCCUUAGGUUGAGUUGCACUCAUUUUACAUAAACAGAAAGCAAAGUAACAUCAUGAUUAAUGGACCUGUCUUCUAAGAGGCUUAUAUUCUCAUUUUGUUCUGAUAAUGGCGCAUACCAGUAUAAUUAUGUUCCUUAUGCUUACCUUGUUCUUAAAACAUUUUCCAAAUGUUUUCAUUUAAGUGGUGGUCAUGUAAAUUCCACGGCAGGGAUUUGUCUAUUUCAUUUACUGCUGUGUAUCUGGCCUGUGAAUUAGGACAGUGUCUGGCACAUAACAGGCACUUAGUAAAUGUAAAAUACUAAUUGAUACAUGUACUCAUCUACCAUCCAUGGUAACAUCUGUAUUAAAGGGCUAAAAUGCAUCAUUGCAAUAAACAAUACAAAUUCACAACUCUAAA